CACAUAACUGUUGAGAUUCCGGUGGAAACUACGUGUCGCUUACUCAUUAUUCUCUCCCUCCUUCCCUCCAUUCCUUCUCCUCCUCUCCCGCGGUACCUGGGCGUUUGAGAGAGCGCACACCGGCAAAAACAUCAGUCACCAUGCUCUUUUUCAGCUUCUUCAAAACCCUCACGAACCAUACCGUUAUCAUCGAGCUCAAGAAUGAUAUCCGCAUCCGCGGCAUCCUCAAGAGUGUCGAUCAGUACUUGAACAUCAAGCUCGAUGAUAUUGAGGUCAUUGACCUGGACAAAUACCCUCAUCUUUCUAGCGUGAAAAAUAUCUUUAUACGCGGCAGUGUGGUGAGAUAUAUCGUCCUGCCGCAGGAGGCUGUGGACAGAGCACUGCUGGAAGAUGCAACUAGGAGAGAGGCUGCAAGUCAGGCGAAUAAAGCGAGAUGAUCGUUUCGAUUUCACGAUUGCAUAUAUUUUUUUUUUUUUUUUCGUUGUUUUUUUCUUUUUUCUUUAGGUGGAAUAUGGCGCAAAAGCUUCCCUCCCCGGAGGUUGAAGUUAUGCCCAAAAGGAACGAAACGACGUUAUCGCGAAACGAAUUACAGAAGCACACACCGUCGAUCUCAGAGUUGAAAAUUCGGAGCGCUUCACAGAUGAGAAUACAGACGUGCUUGCGUACGUCUAUGCUAAUGACAUGUUACAGCAUGAGGUGAUGUUUCGCUGGCAUAGUGGCCGCCGGUACCACAGAUCCAUUGGCAUAUAAUAUAUACAUACGUCCACACAUACGUAGCCGUGGGGCUUGGAGUGAUGGCAUUAAAAUUUCAAAAGAUUACUGCCAU